CGCCGUUUGGAGUCGGGGGUUGCCAUAGCAACGCCAAUGACGCUAGGCGGCUCACUGUAGCCGGCGGCACAGCGGCGUUAGCUGACUCAUCCGAGGAGUUAAGUUUAACUUUGGAAGAGAAACCAUGUCUAGAAAGAGACUUUUGAAAGACAAAACAGAGAAGGAGAAUGCCGAGAAUGAGAAAAAUACAGGACAGGCUCCAAAUGAUACAUGGCCUGCUCAGACCUUUGAUGAAUAUCAGUGCUCAGGCAAUGUGGAGAUUGACUUCCCUGGGCUUUGUGGUCUUCUGGGCAUAAAGGGUAUCCCAGCUGUCAGCACCAAGCAACCAGCCUCCUCCACCACUGAAACUGAAGCAGGGGAUGCAGAGGAUAGCCAGUCCCAGAUAAAUGCUGCAUCUUUCUGGUCUAAGCCAUGCCUCCAAGUGGAGCUGGAGCAUGAAAACCCGCUCAGCGCCAGGUGCAUGAAGGUUUCUGGAUGGAAGGUAGAUGAGCAGAUUGCCAGAGUGCUACAGAAGAUGCUUCCCUCCUUGAGCCAGCUACAGAGCCUUCAGUUUUGGCAGGCAGGACUGACAGAUCAAAUGGUAAUCUCCCUCAUGAACACAAUAUCGUCGUGCUCCAACCUCAGGGUUGUGACAUUAGAGGGUAACCCUCUUCCAGACCAGAGCUACCACCUUCUUCUUUCUGAAGACAGCACCCUCAAUCACUUGUCCCUGCGAAAUAACCGGAUAGGAGAUGAGGGCGCUCGUCUGAUCGGGUCUGCUCUCUCAACAACCAGAUCUUCUAACAAGAACCUCUUGUCACUCAACCUGGCGUUCAAUUCUAUUUGUGAUGCAGGUGCUGCUCAUAUCGCAAAGGGCCUGCGGUUGAAUCGUGCUUUGCUCUUUCUCUCACUGUCCAACAAUCAGAUUGGAGACUCGGGAGCCGCUCAUCUGGCUCGGGUACUUGGAAAUUUUGCUCUAACUCAUGAAGAAGUUGUGGAGCGGAGGAAGAUGCUUCUGGAAAGAAUGCAGUCUUCAUCUCUAGGAGUCGAUUCUGACCAAACACCUGCUGACCAGCUUUGCUCAGAGCCCAGCAGCACUUCACUGAGAGUCAGCAAAGGGGAGAACAAAGGCACCUCCAAAAAAAAGGAAGCCUCCAAAAAAGAAGAGAAACCAGCUGCCAACAAAGAGAACCCAAAGUCCAACAAGAAAUCCUCUGAAGUAAAGGCACCUCAGAGUAAAGGCGGCAAGCCGAGGUCCAAAGAGAAACAACCUGCUGCACAGGAGGUUCAGUCGAGUACUGCCCUGACUGAGGUAGAGUUCCCGGAGAUAGGGAGCCCCCUGCUGGAUCAGUCAGCACAGCAAAAGGAUGGACAGCUCUUUCUGCCUGGGAACACGAUUCUCACCUCCCUCAACCUGACAGGAAACAGAAUCACUGAGAAGUUGCUGCCUCUUUUCCUGAAGUCACUGGAGAUGCAGGGUGAGGGAGGAGGCCUGCUGCGUCUCUGUCUGCAGAGAAACCGCUUCCCACCAGAGUGUGAGUCCUAUGUGAAGAUAAAGGAGCUGCUGGCACUCAGACAUCAGAGAAAAAACAGUUCUGAAGAGACAGGAGAGGAGGGACAAGGGGCAUAG